CGUCAUCCCGGAGUUCCAUUAAACAUGUCAACAAUAGAGGAGAAACGAUUACAAAAUAAAGAGAGAUUUGAAAACAAGAAAAGGAAAGUCAGAGAGAGCCAGAUAGAUGGACCUUACAGAAACCCUUGCUAUGAGGAAGGCCAGAUGACAAUAAGAUGCGUUAGUUCGGUAAAGAACAAAACAGAAUGUGAAAAAUAUGCUGCUAAUGCCAUGAAAUGCAAAACGUUUUGGAAAAAGGUUGUAAAAGAUCGAAAGAGGAAAGGCAUUGAUCCGCCGCUUCCUGCAAUUGAAGAUAGACCACAAGUGCUAGAGCAAUAUAAACAUUGGUUAUGAUAUUUUUUAAGUUAAUUCUGACAAUUUAACAAAUUUUCUUUGAACUUUUUGAAAUACAGUUUUGUAAGUGUUUGUUAUAAAAACAUGCUUUUUUAAUAAAAUGUACUGUUA